UAAAGGGAUAACCACAUGUGCACAUUUACAAUCACAUCCUCAGCUCUCCUAUGCAUGUUUGUCGAUAUAAAUGACCUCUCUUGGGGCUUAUUUCUCUCACAAGAAACGAAAACACUAACAACCAUGGCUGCUCUUUCUUCUUCAAAAUCCUACCACAUUCGAUCAAUCAGUUUGCUAGGACGAUCACACCCAACCACUCAAAGAGUGGAAGAGGAGCUUAAUAAGCUCAAGACAUUGGAUACAACAGUUUCACCAGCAGCUGAGACAAUCUGUUCUGCUUUAUUUGGUUUGGAGAAGUUACACAAGUGCAUGGAUGAUCUUCUCUACUUGCCUCAAACACUUCAAUCCCUUUCCAAACAUCAAAACGGGAAAUGGAUCGAAGAUUUAUUGGAAAAAUCAGUGAGGAUUAUUGAUGUUUGUGGCACAGCAAGGGAUCUAGUUUCUCAAAGCAAGGAAAGUGUAAGAGAUCUUCAAUCUGCUCUCAGAAGGAGGAAAGGAGAUGCAAGUGCAGAAGCCAGCAUUUCUAGAUUCACCUCCGUCAGCAAAAAGAUCAAGAAAGAAGCUAAAAUGUCAAUUGUGGCUCUAAAGCAGAUGGAUCAUGACACAGAGAUAUCGUCAAUACUCUUGGAUGCUGAUCAGCAAACAACAGCGAUUUUUAGAGCAUUAAGGGAAGUGAAUGCCAUGUGCAUUUCAAUUUUCCAAAUGCUCUUGUUGUCAUUAUGUGUGCCAAUUGUGAAACCUAAGCCAUCUAAAUGGUCAAAGAUUUCAAGACUGGUUCACAAGGGAAGAAUUGCCUGUGAAGACCAAGAAGAAAUCAUCGAAACUAGGCUGGAAACAUUUGACGCUCAACUUGAAAGCUUUGAAAAUGGAUUGGAAGGAAUAUUUAGGUGCCUGAUUAGAUCAAGAAGCUCUCUCCUCAAGAUCUUUUCUUGCUAAUUUAGCAUCCUCGUUCCAUGAACUGUAUAGCUAAUCACAUAUAGUAUAAUUGUACAAAAAUUUUUGUAGUUGCCCAGAAAUAUAGAAUACUAACGAGAGAUUAUACUCCAAUUCAACUGUCUGUGUAUCUUUCUUGUGUGAAUCUCCUUCCUCUCUAUACUUAAACAAGGCUGCUAGCCAACAUAUAUAUGAAAAGCAUUAGAUC